CUUUCUUUUAUCUUGAGCCCUAUUCGCUGCUUUGUUUAUUUUGAGAUGGGUUUGGGGUGGAAGACCCUUUUCAUCACUUGUGCAUCAAAUGACAAAUUAUGGUGGCUCACUUCAUAGAUUUAUUAACCUAUUAUUAACAGUACAACAGACUGCAGCCUUUGCUUAUGUGAAUGUAAUUUGGCCCUUGUACGAACGUGACAAUACCGGACUGAAGCCAGUACCUCAUGUUCACAGUGUGAUUGUCCCCGGUUGCUAUCUGUAAACUGCACAAUUUUUUAAAUGUAUGACCAAACUAAAACAAUCCUUACAUCCUCCAAAUCCAUACCAUUCUAUGUUCCACGUCUUCGAUUGAUCAGGAUCAUCGUCAUCUUAAAAACUGGAUUUCUACAGACUGGUUUGGGCACACAUGUCCAGCGUGCUCCCUCGGCAGACAGUAGAGCUGCAGCCCAAGUCCGCCAAACAGGAAGUGGCGCUCUCAGAUGGGAAGAUUGCUGCGUGCUUUAACAAGAAGGAGAAGAAAAAAGAACACACGGAGAAGGAAAAGGAGAAAGAAAUGACGCGUAACAAGACCAUGGCAAAGAAUCUGGCCGAAUACAAUGAAGGAAAAUGCAAACCCGACAUUACACUCCGCCCAAUUAGUACCACAUUGGAGCAAGUGCUCUACCACAAUUCCAAGACAAACUCUGAUGGUCACCGGCCCCACCGUUAUGCCUCUUACAUAUUUCGAUACUUAGUCCCUUAUGAAAUUUAUUGCAACUGGGUUAAAAGGGUGAACUAUACUGGCGCAAUGGGGAAGGAGGCACUGCCAAAGAACUUAAGGAAGGCCAUGAGGAUGUACAUCGAGCGUAGAUUUCCCGGCCUUCCAUGUGACUGCUGGAGAGAGAUUCGAGAUGUUAUCAAUGAACUACUGCGAGUGAGGAGAAAACCAUCCUGUUUCCACAAAUUUUACCGAAAAAUAGCUGUUCAUUUUGACAGGCCUGUGUUAAAGUGAUAGAAGCAUACUGGGACAAUUGCCAUUGUGGUGUAUAUAGCUGUAACACUAGAUUGUCAUCAGUGUACUGAGGCAACAAUUUAAUAUUGAAAAGUCUGUAAAUGCUUGAUGAGUUCUACACAAUUGUUGAAAAUGUUGAACUGUACUCAGCUCACAUACUAACUGACCAUGAGAAGAGGGACACUUGCUUUUAGAAUGGAUGUCAUAAGUUCAGAGGAGGUUGAAUAAGGAAAAAUAAAAUUGACUUCAUCAAACUGGUGGUUCCUGUCUGGUCUCCGUGAGGCGAAACAAAUCUAAGCCUCAAAUCUUU